GGUGGCGUGCCCCUUGAUGAAGGAUCACAAGGACUGGAAGUUCGAACUGAUACGUGAUUGCACAAGACAUGUCUUGACCAGCCCCUGUAAAGAAAAUACAGGCAUCUUUCGGAGCAGAGCUGUCUGCUUUUGCCCCGCGCUUCAGCUCAGCAGAUCUGCAUGGCUGUACCGGAGUGCUUCCCUGCAUUGCCUGCAGUGAGGAGGUCAUUAAAUGACUAGAGUAUUGCUGCUCUGGAAAGCGUAUGCUGAUCGAGGGGGCUAUCAAAUGGCAGAGGAAGGAUAGCGUAUCCGAGGAAGACAACUCCCUGUGAACUGUAGGACAGUUCAUCUUGAGAAGAGGAAGGACGCAUUGUGAAUGCAUGCGGCUGGUCCACAGUCGCACGCUAGUGCAGGACUAUUUCUGGAAACGAGGCAGGAUUUGUUGGAGCUGGCUAUCAGUUAGUUUGUAAUUCUUCAUCGUCAGACUUGUGCAGGUACUCACAUUACUUUGCAUUUGGAGCCAUCUGCUGCCUUUGCUGGGACAUGGCAGACAAAGACGAAUAUGAUUCGGAGGACGAUUCGGAUUUUGAACCUGGAGAAGAGGGGAACACGGAGGGUAAAUCAACCGUGGUGAAAUCCAGCAGUAGAUCGCGUGUUAAAAGUCUGAGCCGCAGAGAUACGGAGGGUGCGGUGCAUGCACAGGAUCGGAGUCAACCUUCGGAACCCUUGGCUGACCUGAAGGCCACUGCGAAGAAGGCCAAAAUUAAUGCGAUAUGGGAGCAGCUCAAUGCAUCCACAAAGAAACCGCCAGACUCGCGGAGGAUGGCUGGGCUGGGAAGCAUCAUGGUGCCUGUAACAACACGGGCGACAACAGGAGGGUCAUGGCCGCCGUCUCAUCCCUCUGAGCGGGAACGAUCUUCCACCAGUGGCUCGAAGGCUGGCAAAGCUGAUGAUAAUGUUGAGGUGGUAAAUGGCCGAUCCCAGCAAAGUGAUCUGCAGGACGGCAGGAAGCCGAGGCAGCAGGACAAGCAAGAAGCUGUCGGGGCGGGGAAGGAGCCAGUCAAAGCUUCUUCCUUGGAAGUUGCCGCAUCGGCCCUGGCGGCCGCCAAAACAGCAUUAGCUCUGCCUGAUGCUGCUACGAAGGAGGGAAAGGUUCAGGUCAGAGAGGUUUGUGAUUUUGCGGGUGAGCAGGUAGUGAUUAGCAGGAUGGUAGACCCAAAGUCAGCGGCGACAGUGAAGCGGAAAGCUGGGUCGGAGUCUACGUCGCAGCUGGAUGCCUUGCUUCAGUCUAUAGAGAAGAAAAAGAAGUUGAACAUACUAGACAAGUCAAGAAAAGAUUGGGGCGAGUUUAAGGAUGACAAAGGGUUGGUUGAGGACUUGGAAAACUACAAGAAGAGCGGCGACAAGUAUUUGGAUAAGGUGGCAUUCUUGAACAGGACCGAGUUGAGGGAGUUCGAGAUUGAGCGGGAUAUGAGGAUGUCAGCGAGGAGGCGUUCUGAUGUGUCCUCGUCGAAACAGGAUUAGUUGAUAGCUUGCCCUGGCUUGCAGCCCACCUAGUCGUAGUGGUCCCAAACACUGCCACGCAAUCCCAUCCCAUGUUUGUUCAGAACGCCAAGCAUUGGGGGCAGGUGCCCUGAUGAUGAACAGAUGACCGGUCAGCGCUGUUUUGAUUGACUGACAUGUACAAUAUAUGGGCGCCGUUGCAUCUGGCUGUUAUAUACAACGUCUGGGAAUGGCUGUAUGUUGGGGCAGUACAAUAUAUGGGGCGCGGUUGUAUCUGGCUGUUAUAAACAAUGUCUGGGGAUGGCCGUAUGUUGGGGCAGCACAGCGUACGGGAUAUCAUGGAUGGUCUGGUAUCAUUGAAGAAUUGAAGAAACAAAGGAAUGUCUUUGGCUGCCGAAUUGUUAAUGGUGGUGUAGUGUUACGGCAGGAAGUGCAGACUCCAUGCUCCCAGUAGAUGCGCAUACUGAUGAUGAUCACGUAAAACUGUAAAAACUGACAAUUUUUUUUAUUUUAUUUUAUUUUUUCCGAAAGCGGAGGAGGCUGGGUGGCGAGGGGACGAUUGCCUGGAUGAUAUUGGCAGUCUGUUCUUCCUGGGUUUGUAUGCAAAAUGUGGGGCCACCAAAUUCUUUUUCCGUGCUGUCUGGAAAGUAGGUGCAGUGUGUCGGGAAGUCAAUUACAAGAACCACAGGCAAAUGUGCAUAAUUUCUUCUAUUUGUGAAGAUGUCAGUCAACAUAUGUAUGUGCAUCAUUUUGUCU